CUUACAUGUUCCAGCGCUGUCCGAACAUCAUCCUCCACAGCAUCCCGCCCACCACCGCUUCCUCUCCCAUCGACACCUGCGUAUUCGCCUGGCUUCAGCACGCACAGCCACCUGUGCUCUUCGGCUUCCAAAAUCCCAUCGCAAUUGUUGCCCUGCUUGCCGUUCCCCUCCCGUCCCGGCCCAGGCCUUGUUUGACUCCAGGAGAUCCGCCUUGAUGACAGCUUGACCUGCUCCAGUCUCCUCGCUCUCGCCUUCCUCCCUCCCUCCUUCUCUUCUUCCCUCCUCGCUUCGACCAACUGCCCCGACUGCCCACCUGUCUUCAGCGCAUCGACAGACCCCAAGCUCGCCUCUGAACCCUCAGGGGUCGACUCGCUAGCCAUGGCCGAUGCCGACCAGACCGGCGACCACAACCACGACGCGGAGGGCGCGACGCCGCCUCGGAAGUCGCAGCGUCUGCGCUGGGCCACCCACCGUGCCGCUGGCGCAAAGGGCGAGAAGAAGAGACAGUCGCUCAUCGCCCGCGCGCACCGCCGAGUCGGCUCCAUCGAGAAGAAACGGCAGUCCAAGACCAGCACUCUGGACGGCAGCGCCGGCGGCGACCCGGAGCUGCAGAAAGGCGACGGCGACGACGGAGAAGACACGGAUGAAAAGGAAGACAACGGCAGGCGCAUCUUUUUCAACCUUCCCUUGCCCGCCGACGCCCUCGACGAGAACGGCCAUCCGCGAGCUCACUACGCCCGCAACAAGAUACGCACGGCAAAGUACACCCCCAUCUCGUUUGUGCCCAAGAACCUGUGGUUCCAAUUUCACAACAUUGCCAACGUGUACUUUUUGUUCAUUGUUAUUCUCGGUGUAAGUUGUUGCCCUCCCCCACCUCCUCUCUCUCUCUUUCUCUAUUCCUCUUCUGCGUCUUCUCCCUUGCCCACAGCUGUUUCCCGGCUCUGUUUUCCUUCGACGGCAAGUUCGACUCGGCCCAUCCUACCGAGCUCGCCAUGUUGCACAUUACGCACCUAUCGUUUACGGUCUUCUGUCCAUUUUCUAGUUUGUGAACACGAAUCGAGUCGAUUGAAACGCGAGUUUCGACGUCUCACAUUGCAACGAUACCCGCUGCUAGAUAGAAAAAGAGAAGAAGAAACGAAUGACUCUGAAUCCGUAUAUCUUCUGAAGGCGAAGAUAAAGGAGAAUGCUAAUCGUGGUAACCUGUGCAACAGAUCUUUAGUAUCUUUGGCGUGGCCAAUCCUGCACUGAACGCGGUGCCCUUGAUCGUCAUCCUGACGAUCACGGCGUUUAAAGAUGGAAUUGAAGAUUGGAGGAGGACAAUGCUGGACGCUGAGCUGAACAACGCCCCGGUCCACCGACUGAUUGACUGGGACAAUGUCAACGUGACGAAUGAGCAGGUCUCGCUAUGGAGACGCUUCAAGAAAGCGAACACGCGCGCCAUCAAGUGGGUGUGGCACCUGAUCAAGUCAAAGAAGACGGCCGAGGGUGAGAGGGGAAAGUCGUACGCCGAGCGUGGUGUGGAUGCCUCGCGGCCGUCGAUAGCUACACGCAGGGAAAGUCUCUUCUCGGACCCCUCCUUCCAUACCGGUGUUGAGGAUCGCGAUGCCAUCCAGAUGACGCCAGUCCCUUCUCCACUACCUGGCCAGCAGCCUUCUGUCGAUCAUGAGGUGAAAGAGCCAUUUCCAGACGUGGAACCUGUUGUUGCACCGUCUGGCACGCACCAGCCGCCCGCAAGAUACACGGGCGAUAUAUUAAACCCGCACCGAGAGGUGUCGGGCAAGGCACGCUUCCACCAAGACACGUGGAAAAAUGUCAAGGUUGGUGACUUUGUUCGCUUGUACGAGAACGAAGAGGUACCAGCCGACGUCGUCGUGCUAUCCACCGCGGAUCCCGAGGGCGCCUGCUACAUCGAAACCAAAAAUCUCGACGGCGAAACCAACCUCAAGCUGCGAAACGCGCUGCUGUGCAGUAGAAAAGUCCGACACGCCAGGGAUUGUGAAAGGGCCGAGUUUGUGAUCGAGAGCGAAGGUCCUCAGGCUAACCUUUAUGGCUACACCGCCGUUAUGAAGUGGUACGACCAUCACUCGGGACGGGACAUGGCGGAGCCCAUCGCAAUUAACAACCUUUUACCCCGCGGCAGUUCCAUACGCAACACUGAAUGGGUCCUCGGAGUUGUCGUCUUCACAGGCGCGGAGACCAAGAUCAUGCUUAACUCGGGCAUCACGCCAAGCAAGCGUGCCAAGAUUUCAAAAGAUCUCAAUUGGAACGUCAUCUACAACUUUAUCAUCCUGUUCUUCAUGUGCCUGAUUGCUGCCAUCGUGCAGGGAGUGGCGUGGAGCAAGCCUGACACCUCCCACAAGCUGUUCGAGUUCGGAUCGUACGGUAACAAUCACGCCGGCCUCGACGGCUUUAUCACGUUCUGGGCAGCCAUCAUCCUGUUCCAAAACUUGGUGCCCAUUUCGCUGUACAUUACUCUGGAGAUCAUCCGCACACUGCAAGCCAUCUUCAUCUACAGCGACGUGCUCAUGUACUACGAGAAGCUCGACUACCCGUGCACACCCAAGACGUGGAACAUUUCGGACGACCUGGGCCAGAUCGAGUACAUAUUUUCCGACAAGACGGGAACGCUAACCCAAAACGUCAUGGAGUUCAAGAAGUGCACCGUCAAUGGCGUGCCCUACGGCGAGGCUUACACAGAGGCUCUGGCCGGAAUGCAGCGACGGCAGGGCAUAGAUGUCGAAGUUGAGGGUGCGAAAGCGCGAAAGCAGAUUGCGGAGGAUAAGGAGCUCAUGCUCCAGAAGAUGGACGAGCUCUAUGCCAACCCAUACCUGUUCAAGGACGAGAUGAGUUUCGUGGCUCCCGACUUCAUCGCGGACAUGGCCAACUCAGACGCACCAGAGCAGCAGGCGGCCAACAAGCGAUUCAUGCUCGCCUUGGCUCUUUGCCACAGCGUCGUCCCAUCUAUCAGUACGGUGGAUGGUCGGUCAAAGAUAGAGUACAAGGCUCAGUCGCCCGACGAAUCCGCGCUCGUGGGCACAGCUAGGGACGUUGGUUUCACCAUGCUGCGCAAACUGGAUGACAAGUUCAUCAUCGACGUGCUCGGGACGGAGCAGACGUACACGGUCCUGGACAUGAUCGAGUUUAACUCGACAAGGAAGAGGAUGAGCGUCAUCGUUCGCAUGCCGGACAACAAGAUCGUCCUGUUUUGCAAGGGAGCCGACAGCAUCAUCUAUGGUCGCCUCAAGAAGGGUGAGCAACGCGAGCUCAGGCAGACGACAGCCGAGCAUCUCGAGAUGUUCGCUCGCGAAGGUUUGCGUACGCUAUGCAUUGCGCAGCGAGAGCUCUCGGAAGAGGAGUAUCAAACAUGGGCGCGUGAGUACGCAGAGGCUUCGCAGUCCGUCGUUGACCGCGAAGAGAAGCAGGAGCUUGUCGCCGAAAAGAUCGAGCAGGAGCUCAUGCUUCUUGGCGGCACUGCCAUUGAGGACAGGCUUCAAGACGGAGUUCCAGACGCCAUCGCUUUGCUGGGUCGGGCAGGUAUAAAGCUAUGGGUGCUGACAGGCGACAAGGUUGAGACAGCCAUCAACAUUGGCUUCUCGUGUAAUCUGCUCAACAACGACAUGGACCUGAUUGUAAUCGACAUCAAGGAUGAGAGCUUGCAAACGGCCGAGGCAGAGCUCGACAAGAACCUGCAGCUGUUUGGCAUGACGGGGUCAGACGAGGAGCUCAAGGCUGCACAGACGCAGCACCAGCCCCCACCGCCAACGCACGCGCUUGUCAUCGACGGCGAGUCGCUCAAGUUGUGUCUCGACGACACACUACGUCAGAAGUUCUUGUUGCUCUGCAAACAGUGCCGUGCGGUGCUUUGUUGCCGUGUCAGCCCCGCUCAGAAGGCUGCCGUUGUUGAGAUGGUCAAGAACGGAUUGGACUGCCUCACUUUGUCGAUCGGCGACGGCGCCAACGACGUUGCUAUGAUCCAAAAGGCGCAUGUUGGCGUUGGCAUCGCUGGUGAAGAGGGUCGUCAGGCUGUCAUGUCAUCCGACUUUGCGAUUGCACAGUUCAGGUUCUUGACAAGACUUGUUUUGGUGCAUGGUCGGUGGUCGUACAGACGGUUGGCCGAGACGAUUGCCAACUUCUUCUACAAGAACUUGGUGUGGACCUUCGCCCUGUUCUGGUACCAGAUUUAUUCGAACUUUGACUGCGUCUAUAUCUACGAUUACUCGUACAUCAUCAUGUACAACUUAGCCUUUACCUCUCUACCCGUCAUCCUCAUGGGUGUGUUCGAUCAGGAUGUCGACGACAAGGUCUCCCUUGCCGUUCCGCAGCUUUACACGCGUGGCAUUGAGCGCCUCGAAUGGACGCAGCCUAAAUUCUGGUUGUACAUGGUCGACGGCGUAUACCAAUCUUUGAUGGUGUUCUUCAUGGGAUACCUUCUUUUUUCACCAGCAAAUUUCCUUACUGAAAACGGUCUGGAUGUCAGCGACACCAGUCGCAUGGGCGUCUUCAUUGCGACAGCCGCCGUCGUCACGGUCAACUUGUACGUCCUGAACAACACAUAUCGCUGGGACUGGUUGACUCUGCUCAUUGUUACCAUCUCCAUCCUCCUCAUCUGGUUUUGGACUGGUGUAUACACAUCAUUCACCGUUGGCUUCACAUUCUACGGUGCCGCUGCCCAGGUGUAUGGUCUUCUGGAUUUCUGGGCGUAUAUCCUCGUGACGGUCAUCCUCUGCCUUCUGCCGCGCUUCUGUGUUAAGGCAAUUCAGAAGAUUUACUUUCCGAGAGACGUAGACAUCAUACGAGAGCAAGUAACUCAGGGCAAAUUCGACUAUCUGAAAGACGUCGACACACUGAUACCGCCGUCGCCCGAUGACAAAGAUAAGCUGAAGUCUCUAGCUAGCUCCGAAGACGAUUCUCCAGUUGGCGCGGAGGAUGCUCCCGAGGGACGUGGACGGAAACGCAUGCCUGGCAAUCUUUCGGACGACAUGCGGCCUAUCUAUCCUCCUUCAGUCGCUCCCACCGCUACGACAAACCACACACGUACACAGACAGGUAGUGACGGCUCCAACUACACGUAUGUAACGUUCGACGCUGAUCCUACCCGCCAAGGAUCUGUUGCACAACCAACGACCGGCGCUAUGGACACACUAGACAAGCCUCUGAUGCCAGCGGCAACGAGAGAAACGUCGCAUCGAUCGAGGCCGUCGUUCGACCGUGCCAGAAUGUCCAUGGACAAGAUUCGGCCUUCAUUCGAGGCUAGCAAUGACUUUACGUCGGCGAACAGGCUUAUGCGUCUCGAAAGUAGCCAGUCUAGGUCCGGGCUGCGUGAUGCCGAGAACACGGAGCAAUCGAUUGGCAGCCCAAGCAACCUCCCACUCACGGAACGGUGGAAACGGAGGCUGACGCGAGCAAGCGAGCGAAGCGUCGAAAAGUAAAGGAGGAGCGAGAACAGAAGAGCAACAACAAAAAGGUUGCUAUAAUGCGUUUUAUGAUCCCAGUUUUUAGAGGAGCAGUUGAUGACGACCCUGCAUACCCCACACCCAAGGUUUUGUUUUCCAUCCAUUCAUUUUGCUGUUGAUCUGCUUAACCGGCCCGUCCACAUGUUCUGGAUUUUGCUAUCGCUUGGCUCUUUUGUUGCUGUAUGGUGGGCCGACUGGGACGCCCCUUUCCUUCUGUUCAUUGCAAUUACUCAUCAACAUCAUGUGGGCGGCGUUUCUUAAGUCGCUACUAGGGCUGCAUCUUUGCAAACUCUUUCACUUGUGUUUUGUUUAGCUUUUCGAGCGCGAGCGUACGCACACCAACUCCCCAUUAGCGAUUGCAGUAAUAGCAAAGCUGUUGUCCUUUGGAUUAGGCAGGACGACUGGGAGGAAAAGGAGAACUAGGGGAGAAAUGGAAUUGCUUUUGUACAUAUAGACUUAGUUGCGUCAUGUUCCCAUUUGUUCAACCUGAAGACAAA